AUGAGAGAGCAGAGACCAUUAUCACAUUUGCCCCAAGCAACUGGCUUACAUCCUCCUGAUCCCACUCAAGUGCUUAAGAGAAUUCCCGACGGUGUCUUAAUAGACAACCAAGCUGUUCGUAGAACCUUAGAUGCUUCUCUUAUAGAUCUCCUCAAAGAACAUCGAGGGAUAGGCUCCGAGGCUAAAAAGAGAAAGAGAGGUAAAAAAAUCCAACCGGGUAAAAAUUUAGCUACAAGUACACCGCCUGAACCAACUCCUGAACCCAGAGAUGCAUCAACUCCCGAACCAGAAGAUGAAUCAAUUCCUGAACCAAGAGAUUCACCAAGUCGUUCCAAUUUAGCCUUUGGUGGCAUAGACGAAACUCUGCCUGAUCUUGCAUCUACUUCUGGUUUAAGCUUCGCUGCUCUUAAGAAAGGGAAGAAGCCAAGGAAGAAAAUGACGUUGACAGUCGAAGUAAGCCAAAGACAAAAAAGGCGCGACAAUAGCUCCAAAUGUGGAAUUUGUCUCUGCAAUUGGAAAGACUAUAGUCGGUGUCAAAAAUGGAUAUGCGGUCCAUGUAACAACGGUAGCAAAGAUCCUUACUUUGUUUGCGAGCGAUGCGAUGAUUCAGAAGAUGAGGGAGAUGAAAUGUGCGAUGAUUCUGAUGCAGAUAAAGACUUCGAUCCGGAUGAUGGUCUAGAAAAGCGUGAAGUCACAAACUCCGAACUACAAAACAGUUGUGAUAAAUUUAGUGAUAAUGAUCAUUUAAAACACAAUAACGAAGUUGAUGAUAUUCAAGAGUUCGAAGACUCCGACGAUUCUGUCAAGGACAAGGACUAUGGUCCAACCGCUUCUGAUGAAUCCUCCGUCGAUAGUGAUUUCGAUCAGCAAGAGGUGCCAUUACCAGAAAUUACAGAAGCAGAUAAUUACAAAUAA